GGGUACUUGAUGGUGUUCUCAUCACCCAUCUCAAAGCUACGAGCAGACACUGUGGCGCUAAAAACGCUGAUUAACAAUAUGGAGUAGCAUGCACGCGUCUGGGCAUUAUUUUCUUCCAUUCCCUUUGAUGGAUGUGCACGUCCUUUGGAAUAUACGUUCAUCGCACGAUUGAGAUCCAGACUGAUCCAUUCUUUGCUGAGACAACAUGGCUUCUGACAACACACAGCGCAGUUACUCCAUCAUCCCAUGUUUCAUCUUCGUAGAGCUGGUGAUAAUGGCAGGGACCGUCCUGCUGGCCUACUACUUUGAGCUGACCGACACUUUCGGCAUCCACGUCCAGGGGUUCUUCUGCAACGAUGCUGACCUGAUGAAGCCGUACCCCGGGGUGGACGAGAGCAGCUUCAUCCCUCCCCUCAUCCUCUACUGCGUGGUCGCCGCUGUUCCCACCACCAUCAUCUUCAUCGGGGAGGUUUCCAUGUACGUCAUGAAGUCCACACGGGCGGUGCUACUAACCCAGGAGAAGACCAUGGUGACGGGGAAGUGCUGCUACCUGAACGCCCUUACCAGGAGAGUCAUCAGGUUUAUUGGUGUGUUUGCGUUUGGUCUGUUUGCGACAGACAUCUUUGUAAACGCGGGGCAGGUGGUGACGGGCAACCUGGCGCCGUACUUCCUGUCUGUGUGUAAGCCCAACUACACCGGCACCGAGUGUCGCUUCAACCACCAGUUCAUCUCCAACGGUAACAUCUGUACCGGCAGCCCGGUCGUCGUGGAGAAGGCUCGGCGCUCCUUCCCUUCCAAAGACGCGUCGCUCAGCGUCUACUCAGCUGUCUACGUCACGAUGUACAUCACUAGCACCAUAAAGACUAAGAGUAGUCGCCUGGCCAAACCGGUGCUGUGCCUGGGAACCCUCUGUACAGCAUUCCUCGCCGGGCUCAACCGGGUCUCGGAGUACCGGAACCACUGUUCUGAUGUCAUCGCUGGGUACAUCCUUGGUAGCUGUAUCGCUCUGUUCCUGGGUAUCUGUGUGGUGAACAACUUUAAAGGAACCCACUCCCCUCCUGCCAAACAGAAGAGUGAAGAUUACCGUGGUCUCCCUCUAAUGACCUUCCCCCGCAUCCAGAGCCCCCUGCAGACACUCAGCGCACAGAACCAUUCGGCAUCGAUGACCGAGGUCACAUGACUAGCGGGGACCGAGGGGGGUCAGCACCGGGUCACCUUAGCGUCUCCUCAACACAUCUUCUAGGCACAACGUUUUGUACUGUCAUACUACUACUGUAAAAAAGGACAGUAUUCUGGUGUAACUAGUUAGAGGCUGAUGUUUUGUACAUUUUUGUAUAAGGGAGUAUGUGCUGUAGCCUACCUAAUACUGAAGAUGUUAUUACUGUAGGUCUGAACUAGGGUUGUAAAAUAAUAUGCAGUAUAAUAUGCAGUAUUUAAUGUUAUGGAAAUAUUGAUGUCAUUCUGUGGGAUUUGUACAAAUACUUCUAUCUAUUCUGUUUAACUAAAUUUUUUUUUUUUUUUUUUUUUUUUUUUUGCUUUAAAAUACUUUGUCACUUUUUUUUCUGGCUGCCGUUUUUCAGGAAUGUUUUUGGUAUUCAUAAUGUUUGUGGUAUUCAUAAUGUUUGUGGUAUUCAUAAUGUUUGUGGUAUUCAUAAUGUUUGUGGUAUUCAUAAUGUUUGUGGUAUAGGAAAAAAAACGUCACAUUGACUUGUGACUUGGUGUGGUAUUGUUUUCCUUCAUGGCAGAAUACAGAAGCUGCCAUUCUCUCAGCAUGGAACUAAACAGUUGAACUGUUUGAAUAGAUAUUUCUUAUUUGUAUAGUGUAUUUCUUUGAAAAAUACAUAUUUAUUUAGAAAUGCUGCGUAUAUUUUUCUUGAUUUGUGAACAAAAUAAAUAGUCCAUAGCACA